UACCGACACACCGGGCGGACGAGCAGGAGGAGGGAUGGUAGAUUUAUAUCUGUUUUUAAAAAAAAGAAGUGCUUUGGAGUUGGUUUAAAGUGUCGCCUGCUGUGUCUAAAAACUGAGCAAAACUCUCUCGAUAAGGAACUUUUUCAAACUCUGGAGAGAAUCGGACAGAGGAAGGGGGGAUCGUUUGGAAGAAGAGAGAGACAGGGAGAGAGGGACCGAAGAAGGACAGUCGAUUUAACGGGGGCUGAGAGAGGUGGUCAUUGGGUCGCAGCCGGUGUUAUCCCGUGGAACUCCUCUUAUUGCUUCUCUGGGAAAGAGAGAGAGUGUGUGUAUGUGAGUGUGUGUGUGUGUGUGAGAGACAGAGAGUGUGUGUGAGUUUUUUGUUGUUUUUUUUUUUAUAUUUAGGUGGAGUUUUUUUAUUUUUUUUAUUGAAAGUUUUAGUUUAGGUCAUUUUUUUUAUUAUUGAAGCCAUGGUCGGGGAGACAGAGGUGAAGGAGAGACCCAAGUCCAAUCCGGACUAUCUGAUGCAGCUGAUGAACGACAGGAAGGUGAUGAGCUCCCUCCCUAACUUCAGCGGCAUCUUCACGCAUCUGGAGCGGCUGCUGGAUGAAGAAAUCGGGAGGGUACGCAAGGACAUGUACAACGACACAGUGAACGGAGGCAUGUUCAAUGGUCGGGAUAUGGAGGAACUUCCUGAAGCGAUCGGCCCCGUAGCACAGCUGCAGGAGAAGCUCUACGUGCCUGUCAAAGAAUACCCUGAUUUCAACUUCGUAGGGAUCCUCGGCCCACGUGGACUGACGGCCAAACAACUGGAAGCAGAAACCGGCUGCAAGAUUAUGGUUCGAGGAAAGGGCUCCAUGAGAGACAAGAAGAAGGAGGAGAUGAACCGAGGGAAGCCCAACUGGGAGCACCUCAGCGAGGACCUCCACGUCCUGAUCACGGUGGAGGACACACACAACCGGGCCAAGAUCAAACUCCAGCGGGCCAUUAACGAGGUCAAGAAACUGCUUGUACCCGCUGCCGAGGGGGAGGACAACCUGAAAAAGAUGCAGUUGAUGGAGCUGGCCAUCCUCAAUGGAACGUACAGAGACGCCAAUGUCAAGACGCCCACCGGCGCCUUUCCUUUAGGGACCCCUCAUUCGCCUCGAAUCAUCACAGGCCCGACGCCCGUCCUGCCUCCCAGCUUGCGCAACCAAGCCCCUGUCAACACGCCGACCAUCAUGCCCCUGAUUCGUCAGAUCCAGAGCUCCGCCCUCGUGCAGGGAGGUAAUCCGCAUGCAACGCUGGUGCAGCAAGGACCCGAAUCUGGAAUUAUCUACACGCCCUACGACUACCCCUACACACUCACGCCCUCCAUAUUGGAAUACCCGAUUGACUCAACUGGAGUAUUAGUCCCUUCUUCCUGUGUUUUUACAGCAGGUGCCAUGACCACUAAGGUACGACGCCACGACAAGAGAAUCCAUCCUUACCAAAGGGUAGUGACCACAGACAGAGCUGCCACGGCAACUAACCCAUGACCCCUUGACCUUCUGACCUUUCCGCCCACUGAUGACCCACCCAUCUCUGCCCGCUGGCGUGCUCAUUGGCCCACGGCCCCGCCACUCCCCCAGCUCAGCCAACCAGAGACCAGCACAUUGGGAACAACCUGGCUGCUUCUGUCUAACCAACCAACCAGACGACAGCGAUCAUGGGAAUAAACCUCAGGACCCCGCCCAUCACCGAGUCCUAAACUUAAACUUUACCAAACGUGCCUUCCUUCCGAAAGUUCAAAGCCAGUAGUUUUUUUAUAACCUUCCAACAGCCACAAUCCCAAUUCGUAUUUGCAUAACCAGUAGACUUUAUUUGGGAUCGGCCCCAAAGCGGUGAAGGGCUCCCAAACCAAUCCUUGGCUGUGCCAAACUGUCUCUCUGAGCUGCCCUGCCCUCAGUCCAUGUGAUGCAAUAAUAAUGACUCUAUUAAUAGCAUGGUAACUAUACUUAUUAUGAUGAUAAUUGUACUUAUCCAGCACAGAAACCCUCCAGAAACACUAAACUAAAAGAGAUAUGUUGAUAUUUUGAUGUAUUUUUUCCUCACUGGGCGCCGAAGCUUACCAAGUGUCUUUUUAAGUGUUUCCUCUUUGGGUCAUUAAAUGAUAGGUUCACAAAUUGUCAAGUCGGAGCUAAAACAGCAGUCAGGUGCCAAUACUAACAUUGACGUGUGUUUUUCUUGCUGUUAUCAUUCCUCCUGUUUAUAGUGACCAUUAGAAGAUCCCUUCAUGAUGUGAUUACAGUGUGUGUGAUGGGGGGCAAGAGCCACAAAUGUUUGCCUGAACACUUAAUGAGGCUUCAGCUAUCCAAAUUAGUCAAAUCAAGUUACUGUCUUUUUAGUGCCAAAUUCCUUCUUUUUGUUAAGAUCUUUAUUGGACUAAUUGAGACGGUUUUCGGAUAAACUUUUGCAAAGAAUGAAGACGGAAUGGAAUUUAUGCCCCAUCACUUACAGUCAAAGUGCAUUUAUAGGGUAUCUUUUAAUGGUCAAUGUGAACAGGAGGAAUGAUUACAGCAAGAAAAACCUGUAGGCACCUGAAAAUUGUGACCCUAUCCUUUAAUUUCAUCACAAUAACACAUAAUUGGUGUUAAAAUGUUAAAAUAUAUUAACAAGCUUUCCCUUUGAAUGUAACACCAAUUGCGUCAUUCCUACAAUCUCUUUAAAAUGUAAUUUUCUUUUCUUUUUUAAGAGCACAUCAUUUUGUGCUUCAUUUACCUUCUAAAACUGUCUUUAAAACAAUUGAACAAAUAAUGCUACAAAACUUUUUAAAAGCCGUCGUUUACAUGAGUGAAAACGCACAAAGAACUUCUCUUGUCAUGAAGCGGCAGGUGCUCAAUGAGGAAAAAUAACAAACUGGAAUCCAAAAUACCAAAAUAUCUUGUUUUUUUUCUUAGUAGGUAAGGCACUCUGAGUCGACAUAUACUGGAUUAAUGUCAAGCCUGUGCUCAUUCACAGUACAGAUACACACAUACACACACAGAGAGGGGAGGUUGCACUUCUUUUGUCAAAAUGUGGAGGACUUACACAACGAUGCCUUUGCCUUUAUCACACUACAGUAUUGUAUGAGCUUGAACAACAGUGCCUUUAUUUAUGGAGAACAGUGUUACACCUAAAUCUUUUACAACUACAUUAUGGAUUUGAGUCAUUUGAGUUUAUGCAGAUGAAUUAAGGCUGUGUGAAAUGUGUCGCAGCCUAAUUGUCGUGGACAGUUUAUGGCUUAAAUCCAUAUAACUCCUCUCAAAUCCCAUUUUAGUGCCAAAAAAAAAAAAAAAAAGUGGCUCAUUUGACUUGGAGCAGCAGCACUGAGCUCCGACUACAAUGUCUGAAAUGUUUAUGUGAGGUUCAGAUGAGCCUCAAGAGAACAGUGUUAUAUUUUAUCCUCUAUUUUUUUGUUUUUGUUUGUUUGGUUGUUUGAUUGUUUUUGUUGAAGAUGAAUUCGUCCAUACGUAUAUUUUGCAUGUGUAUCCGCUUUUUUCUCAGAGCACAUGCAGUUUGACUGUGACUCUACACACACAGUACACACACACACAUACAAAAAAAGCACCUGAUGCCUUGAUAUCAAACAAAUCAUGGAGUCGUAACAUCUGUAACAAGUUUAUAAUGUAUUUUUAUAUUCUAUUUUGUACGUGAAAAUAACAUUAAAUGACCUUUUCAGAUAAGAAUGUAAUGCCUUAUUAUGGAGAAUAAUUUGAUGAAUUUAACUAUCUAUCUGUCAUGUGUCAUCAGUAAUCCUGUCACCCUCUCAAUGUCCUGAAAUACUGGAGUCUCUGAUGUUCUCUGUUUUAACUUGAGCCUUUGAAAAUCAGCAUUGCUUGCCUCCUGUGCCUUUUGUAUACACGUGUGACAAUUAACAGUGUAGUUCAACAUUAAUCUACUCUUUUGUGCCAAGUGUAGGUUACUAACUGUUACCACUUCUGUGAUUAUUAACCACUUUAAUUGUAUCUGUCUCUGCUUUGGACUCCUUUUAAAAAUACAUGUGUGUCUAAAAAGUGGAAGAUAAAAAAAGAAAAGGAAAGAAAAGAAAAUAUAUGUGUGAUCAAUGAACUUUUAACUUUUAAAGUAUUUGAGCAGGAAUAACUCUUUGUACUGGAAGGCAAUCCUAGCACACUAUUAAACUCAUAGUUGUAAAA